GGACGACGAUUCAGCCCCUAUUGACGUUGGUGGCACAUCUCCUCUCUCAGGCAAUCUACCUCCACCUCCUGCUCCUCCUGCAAUACUUGAAGGACGACCAUCGACUUUUUUGGGCUCGACUACACCUCAACAACCAAUAUUACCGAUAUCACAGCUGACCUCAAAUGGUAACACAGUUUCUCAAUUCCUCAACACUUCUAUCCCACCAUCAUUCCAAACCCAACCUACUUACGGAGUAUCUCAGUCUCAGCCGUCUUCUUUUGUUCCACAAACGAAUACAGCAGUAGCUCCACCAGCAACUGGUCAACCGCCUAAUUUCGCACUGGGGCAGAACCUUUCAGUACCUCCUCCUAUCGCCACUCAGCCACCUCCAAAUAUUCAGGCAUUGCUGAAAUCUAUACCGAGCCUUCAAACUAUUCAGCAAGCCACUGCAGCUGCUGCAGCUGCUGCGGCUGCCGCAGCAAACAAUCAGCGUCCACAGCAAAAUCUUCCAUCGAUGAACUAUCCUCCUCCCGUUACGCAACAACGAUUUGGUGAUGUGGAUGAGCGAGUCCAACCUAUUCAAACAAUACAAACACCAGUUCAGCCAAUACAACAAGUCCAGCCAAUGCACCCAGUACAACCUGUUGCCGCACAACCUCCUCCUGCCUCAGCUCCAAAUUUCCAUUUGCCUCCUCCAAGAUCUCAACAGUCUAUAUAUGCCGAAGAGGGACCAUCGCACAUAGAAUAUCCACCUGCUGUUCCUGGCGGAGACCAUGAACAUCACAACGGUGACAACAAUUACUACGGUGAAGGUGGACGUGAUGGGUUUUACCAAAAGCCACCGCCAGCGCAGUUCCACAAUAGCGGAAAUUAUCCACCUCAUGGUAGAGGAAGACCUCGUGGUGGUGGAUUCUAUGGUCAUGGUGGUGGUAGAGGCGAUCAGUGGAGGAAAUCAAACGUCGGUGAGGGUAUCUCUCGAGAUGAGCCGAAAAUUGGCAGUGAAGACAGCGUCCCUAUGCGGGGCGAUUACCGAGGUGGUCGCGGUUUCGUUGGACCUCGAGGUAACCUUCAUAAUCGAGGAAGAGGAUUCCAAGGUGGUGGUUUCCCGAAAGGACGUGGACGAGGCAACUGGGGUAGAGACGAUUACUGA